ACAUACAUAUACAUACGUGACUUGCGUUACUUCAUACUUGUGCAGUUGUGCACAAGAUGUAGACAUACAUAGAUAGCGCACACAAUGUAUACAUAGAAUUUUUUACGCGUAAUGUUAUGCGUAAACUUUAUACGUCAUAGCACAGAAAAGUGCUUCAAAAAAUGUGUGACAUUGUAAAUUGUUCUGAUAGAUAGUUUCUAUAUUAAUAGCAGCAACGGUUUGUAGGUUAAAAGUUUCAGUUUACUGAUAAUUCAUCAUCUAGACAUCCUUCCUUUACACAAGUCUCAAAUUAAUCGAAAAUUAGAGUUCAGAAUGUUGCUACAAAGAUUAUGUCGUAUUACAAAUUACAACAGGCUUCUUCCAAGAGCUGCUUUAUAUAAAAAUAUUUAUCCAGCAUAUAAGUGGAAAAACAAUGUGCAAAUUGUCAGAAAGUUAACGAUAAUGUCGCCUUUUACUAUAAUGGGAAUAUGGGGAGUCGUAAAGAACAACGACAAAGACAAAACUCAAAUUUCAAUGAAGGAACUUCUCACUAAAGCAGAUGCGCUCUUUGAUCAGGGAGACUAUAAAGGUAUAUACGAUCUUCUGUCAAAAUAUAAGGAUAACAAGGAUGUUGAAAUCUUGUGGCGUUUAAGUAGAGCCAUUUACAAGAUGUCUUUAAUGGCCAGUGACGUAGAAGCGCAGAAGUUAACAUACGAAGGUUACGAUUUGAUACGUAUGGCUCUUGACAUUCAAGAAGAUCACUAUGCCGUGCACAAAUGGAUGUCUAUAUUUCUUAAUGGAAAGAGUCUUCUGGAGGGUACAAAAGCGAAUAUAAAAGAAUCGUACAAUAUUAAAAGACAUAUGGAGAGAGCGUUAGAAUUAAAACCUGGUGAUGCAACGUUACUUUAUAUGCUUGGAAGCUGGUGCUACGAGGUUUCAAAUCUGGCGUGGUAUCAACGAAAAAUAGCGACCGUCAUAUUUGGGGAACCACCAACUUCGACCUACGAGGAAGCGUUGAUGUAUCACGAGAAUGCCGAAAAAGCCGAUCCAAAUUUCUACAGUCGCAAUUUACUGAUGCUAGGGAAGACAUAUUUGAAAUUAAAUCGGCAGGAAGAUGCGAUAAAGUAUUUGAAAAAAACUGUUGAAUACCCGGCGAGGAACGAUGAGGAUCAACAAGCGAAACAGGAAGCGCAGAAAUUGUUAAACAGUAUUAAGUGAUAUAGAUGCGAAUGGAUAUCUUUAAACCGCGGUUUUUACGGCAGAAAAUUAUUAUUUGGGUAUUUUUAUAUUUUCAUUAUUUAAUAUUGCGAUGCUAAAAUGACUGUAUCUUACCAUGACUAUUAAUUGACAUAUUUAUGAUAUUACAUACAUAUAGACGUAUAUUUAUAUGAGUAGAUAUAUCUACACAUAUGUUUAAUAUAUUUUUAGAUUUUUACAUUUACCAUUGUUAAACAGGGACCACGGUAAUAUUUUAUAGAAACAUUUUAUAGAAAUUUUUAAAAAGUUAAUAAAUAUGAUAAAAGUUAAUAAAUGAAA